AUGCCGUCUGAGGUUGAAAGAUUAAUAGAAGAAAAUGGGAAUUAUAAUGAGGUUACCGAAACUCAGAAGGAUGAUAUAGAGAAGAAAGCUAAGGUGACCCAAAAAGUUGUUCCCAUGUCUAGACCUCCACCUCAAUUUCCACAGAGAUUGGUGAAAAGACUGAUAGAUCCUGGGUAUGCGAAAUUCAUGAAAGACUUAGUGACCAAAAAUUGGGCUGUCAGUUUUGAGAAUGAUGCGAGGCUGCAACAUUGUAGUGUUAUUGUUACUAAGUCACUUGUGGAAAAGAAAGAGGAUCCUGGAGCUUUCACUAUUCCUUCUACCACUGGGAUUCUACACUUUGCGAAAGCUUUGAGUGAUUUGGGUUCUAGCACUAAUUUGAUGUCAUUGUUCAUAUAUAAGAACUUGGGUUUAGGAGCUCCAAAGCCUACUGCUAUGCAUUUACUUAUGGCCGAUAGAACUAUAAAGAGGCCUAUUGGAGUUCUCCAAGAUUUCCAUGUGAAAGUAGAGUCAUGUAUCUUUCCGACAAACUUUGUGAUACUUGAUUGUGAGGUUGAUUUUGAGGAUCCCAUUAUCUUAGGGAGAUCAUUUCUUGCUACUGGGCAUGCCUUGGUGGACAUGGAAAGAUGGCAGAUAAAGUUGUGA